CUAAUCUGCACCCUCCCUCUGGCCUCAGUUCAUUUCAGCUCCACCCACCAAAGUCAACAAUCCAUUUUCAUCAACUACUUAAUUAAGGCAAACGUUUCCGGCCAUAUAUAAUUAAGCACAAACUACAACUUAUAUUAUGUCGUCGACGACCACCACCACAUCUAGGAGGUUGGAGGGUAAGGUAGCACUUAUUACUGGUGCGGCCAGCGGCAUUGGGGAGGCGGCGGUGAGAGUUUUUGCAGAGGAGGGUGCAUUGGUGGUGGCGGCGGAUGUGCAAGAUGAGUUGGGACAUCGACUCGUCCAAUCCAUUAAUAAUAAUAAUAACUCAGCUCAGGCUGAGGUUUGUUAUCAUCACUGCGACGUAAGAGACGAGAAGCAGGUGGAAGAGACGGUGAGUUACGCGGUGAGUAGGUAUGGAAGACUGGACAUAUUGUUGAGCAACGCCGCCAUAAUGGGGCCCAUGGCCGGCAUCAUGGAGCUUGACCUCCAAGGUUUGGAUGACACGAUGGCAACCAACGUGCGUGGUGUGGCGGCAACCAUCAAGCAUGCGGCUCGGGCAAUGGUGGCUGGGAGAACACGAGGGUCCAUGAUAUGCACGAGCAGCGUGGCGGGGUGCUUGGGAGGCUCCGGUCCUCACGCUUACACAACCUCAAAACACGCGAUUGUGGGUCUGGUGCGUUCUGUUUGCAGCGAGCUGGGAGCUCACGGGAUAAGGGUUAACUCUAUUGCCCCCUUCGGUGUCGCCACUCCGUUGUCCUGCAAAGCUUACGGGUUGGACCCAAGUCAAGUGGAGGCAAACACCUCUGCCAUCGCCAACUUGAAGGGGAUUGUUCUCAAGCCUGCCCAUGUCGCCAAGGUUGCUUUAUUUCUUGCUUCCGAUGACUCUGCUUACAUUAGCGGCCAAAACUUGGCCGUUGACGGUGGAUAUACGGUGGUUACCCACAGCCCCGCCCACUUCAUCCCAUCCGAUUAAUUAAUUAAUUACUUAGCUAGCUUCCCAUCCCUCAGCUCAUCCUUAAUUCCGUGUUUGGAUUACCUUACCUGUACUCCAUCUGCAUGCAUUAAUUAUUUUGAAGUCAACGCCUGCAGAAUUGAAUUGCUUGCAUGUGCGUUUCCUUGUAA